AUGCACGCCUCUAUGAGCCUCGUCCUCGCCGCCCUUGCUGGCUCUGCUUUUGCUCGCCCCAUGUUUGACAUGCCGCAGAAUGGCACGACCACCACUACCACCUCCGCUUCUAGCUCUUCUGCUAUCACCACAGUGAGCUCUUCCAGCACGAGCGGCCACCCCACCUCCUCCAGCUCGAGCAGCUCUCUGUCAACCAGCAGUUCUGGCUCUAGCUCCAGCUCCUCGGUGAUCAAGACUUCCACUUCCAGCUCCUCCGUUACCGAGACUUCCUCCUCUUCCACUCCCUAUCCUACCACCACCACGCAUCAUCACAAUGGUACCACAACCACCGCUCAGCCUACCACCUACACAACCACCGAGACUGUCACCAUCACUACCUUCGUGCCCACCUCUUCUCCUGUGGCCACUCAGCAUGGUACUACUUACUACACUACCUGGUUGUCGACUCACAUCUACACCACGACCUCGUGCUACCCAGUUCCUACCUACAAUCCCGUUCAACCCACGCCCGCUCCUCCCGUCAUCACCAGCAAGCCUGCUCCUCCCGCACCUGCGCCAUCGUGUCCUGCUGAGACUACGGUGACCGAGUACGUCUAUCCCAACAACGGCUGGGUCUACUAUCCUCCUGGCCAGUGCAACCACUGCCAGACUGUGACCUACACUGAUAUUACCGGUAUCAUCGUCACAAUUGCUAUCCCAGACCAGCCAGUCAAGCCCACUACUACGCCGUACAUCACUAGCACCACGACCUCCAGCGCUAUCAUCACCAGCACGACUAGCAAGCCCCACCACAAUACCACCAGCACUAGCGUGAGCUCCUCGGCCACUUCCACCAGCUCUUCUUCCUCCGUGACCAAGACCUCCACCAGCAGCAGCUCUACCCACGUGCCCACCUCUACUUCUUCCAGCUCCAGCCACACUGCUACCUCAACCUCUGCUUCCUCAAGCCCCAGCUCGAGCGCCAGCACCAGCACCGCUAGCUCCACCUCCACCGUGAGCCCAACCACCAGCUCCUCCAGCACUGUCCAUCCUUCCUCCACCACCAUCAUCAUCGACUCCACCACCACUCCCGUCGUCACUCCGACCCCCACCAUCAUCAUUGACCCAGUCACCACCCCAGUCGUCACUCCCGUGAGCACCGUCCUCUAA